UUUGCUGUAAUUCUUGUACAGUUCAUACCUAGUACUCUGGAAACCCAGGGAACCGUGGUGUUAGAACCUGAGAACAGGUCCUGCUCCUGAGUUUGCAUACAGAGGGGAAAAAGGCUGAAAACUGCUUAACUAACUUUAAUAGCUAACUCUCAAAGAAAGUUGCUAUUUCACUACUGGCUGAGAGAAAUAGAACAUCUUCUGGCUAAAAUGUAGGGAUCUGAAUGGAAAAUAUAGAUUCAGAGAAGUAUUAUACAAUGGAAUCUGAAGCGUGGAGAGAACUGCUACUGAAAAAAUGCUGGUGUGUAACAUUUUGCCUUCAGUACAUUACCUAAAUAAGGUUUAAUUAAACAUUGUUUUCUGAAGGGUCACUAAAUGUGUGAUGGAAAAUCCUGAGUAUUUUCCUUGAUGGAAAGAAUCUUUCCUCAUCUGAGUGUUGCCACAUCUACCCCCAGAAGAGAUGGGCAAGGUGUCAGAGACCGAGAAAUGAACAGUUGGGCUGUAAGAUUUCAGGAAAGUAAUCCAGGGGUUUAAUUUUCUGAUGAAAACGUACGAGGUAUAUCCUGUGUGAAGUUGAAAUCCAUGCCCCAUCUCAAACUUUGCAGUCAUUUUAUUGUUUCUUCCCAAGGGCCUUCUGCUACCCGUGGUUGAUUUUGCAGAGAAGGAGAGGAAGACUCUAGUAGGCAGCUGGAAAAUGUCCUUUCUCAGUACCAUGUCAAAACAUGGCAAAGCACAAAUAGGACACCCCUGCUGAGGAGCUGCUAUCAAACAAGUGCUCCUUUCUAAACUGGUGUCAGGAUGGGUGGGAAAUCUACAAAAUACAGAAAAGUAACAAGUAUAGAUUUAACUCCUCGUAGACUUUACCUGAGUAAUCAUCAUCAGAGCAAACUAGUCACAGUGAGAAAACAGCAACAGAUUCUUACAGCUUCUCUUUGGACUUGCUGCUUCUGCACUUGGGGAUGGGGUGUACCCUACUGCCAGCCCAGGGUCCCCUGGACUGUUCCCACAGCAAAUUUCAAAUCCUAAGGUCUGCUUUGUUUUGUGAAUGCUGGUGCAUUGCACUGAGUUCAGGCUCUUGGUAUUCUUCUGUACUGGUUCUUGUUUUGCUUGUUGCAAGCUUUCAGGUGCUUCUGAGAGUACCAGUGUGUUGUUGACUGAUGAACUGACAAUUACAAGCUUUAAUCCACUGCUUCUUUAGCCUUACACGUGAUGAUGGAAGAUCCAAAGAAACAGCUGAACCAGGUAGAAAGACCCAUCAAAGCCAAAUAACUCAGCUAACACAUUUUGUAACCAGUGUGUUUCUCAGAAGCAAUAAGAUUAUGUGGAUCAGCUGGUGUGCUUUGUGUCUGGUGAAAAUAAGCUUAUUUAAAUUAAGAGAGCCAGGAAGUCUGUGUCUCAGUCCAGAAGGAAGAUGGGUUCCACAGAAGACCUUGACUAUCCUCAAAUCAUUGUGCAAUACAGCAAUGGAUUUUUAAUCUCAAAGGUUAUGUUCACUGCCUGUGAGUUGGGGGUGUUUGAUCUUCUUCUGGAGUCAGGAAAGCCUCUGUCUUCAGAUGCCAUUGCUGCACAUCUGGGUGCCAGCACCAUAGGGAUGAAACGACUGCUGGAUGCCUGUGUGGGACUGAAGCUCCUGGCAGUAGAGAUGGCACAAGAAGGAGCCCUCUACAGAAACACAGAAAUUUCCAAUGUCUACCUUACAAAAUCAAGUCCAAAGUCUCAGUAUCAUAUUAUGAUGUAUUAUUCCAACACAGUCUACUUGUGCUGGCAGUACCUUGCUGAUGCUGUGAGAGAAGGAAGAAACCAAUAUGAAAGAGCUUUUGGUGUUUCAUCUAAAGACCCUUUUGGAGCAAUGUACAGAUCAGAUGAAGAAAUGCUAAAAUUCAUGGCUGGCCAGAACUCAGUAUGGAGUAUAUGUGGCAGAGAUGUUCUUGUUGCGUUUGACCUUUCGCCUUUCACACAGAUCUAUGACUUGGGAGGAGGUGGAGGAGCUUUGGCCCAAGAGUGUGUCUCUUUGUAUCCAAACUCUACCGUCACCAUUUAUGACCUGCCCAAAGUUGUGCGAGUGGCCAGAGAACAAUUUGUUUCCCCCGAGGAGCGUCAGAUCGCUUUCCACGAAGGAGACUUCUUUAAUGAUUCAAUACCUGAGGCUGAACUGUAUAUUUUAUCCAAGAUACUGCAUGAUUGGGAUGAUGACAAAUGUGUACAACUGCUGACAAAAGUCUAUAAAGCUUGCAAACCUGGUGGUGGAGUGCUGCUGGUUGAGUCACUUCUGAAUGAAGAUAAGAGUGGGCCUGUAGAAACCCAGCUGUAUUCCCUGAAUAUGUUGGUGCAGACAGAAGGGAAGGAGCGAACAGCAGCAGAGUACAGCAAGCUCCUGCAGGCAGCUGGCUUUGGAGUGAUCCAAGUGAAGAGGACUGGAAAACUCUAUGAUGCUGUUUUAGGAAGGAAAUAGUAAUAUGUGUUUUGUAUAUAUGUAACAAGGCAGAAAAAGUGGAGAAAUGUGCUAAUCUCUUCUUAGGGGGCAAUGAUCAAAUUAGCUUUUAGUUAAGGCUGCCAACUUUUUUGUAAGCUGAUACCUUGUCAGAAGGCUCACUAAUAACAUCAAUAAUCUUCAACAUGCAUGUAUUUCAAAUCUUGCAGCCUAGCUUGGCUUGCCUUUGGAUCUGGGAGGGAAAGAAAGAAAUCAACACCUGUUCCACAAGAAACAAUCCACAAAAAUGUUUAGUGUGUCUGCUUCAGCUUGUCUCUCUGAUUUUAACAUUGUAUCUGACAAAAGCAGAGCUGAAUUUGUACUUGAGUGCCUGCAAAAUAAAACUAAUCCCUGUACUGAGCUUUCUUGCCUGCAUAUUUAUUCCUGACAUAUUGAUAGAAUAAAAUUGGACCAAAUU